UGUGUCGUGUGACGACUCUCCCAUUGUUCGCGCGUCGAUAAUCUCCGCGGUGAAAAACGAAAAAAAAACACGCCAAUAAUUAUCGUUAACACACCGACGCUAAUAACGUGUUCGUUCGUGGCUCGUCUGCAAACGUUCUCGCACGCGUCAUGUGAAACGACAAAUGCGUAACAAUAACAACAUACGCGCCCGCUCUCUCUCUCUCUCUCUCUUUCUCUCUCGUACACACGGAUCGCCGAUUUCAUUUGUUUCGCACGUCAUUUUAAAAAAACUCGACGCGAAAUCGCCAAUUAUUUCGUUCGCGUUCGCUAACCAAUCGCGGACGAACGACGAACUUUGGUGAUGGGUUGCCGGUGCUCUCUUCCUUCCCCCCCUCUCCCUAUUUUCUCUCCGUCUCUGUCUCUCUUUCUUUCUCUCUCUCUCUCUUUUUUAAUUCGUUGCAAUCGCUGAACUCGUUCCGCUCGUCGCUGGCCACGUCGAAUCGUUCGAUAAAUAUUUGACAAACGAAUGAACGAAAUAAAACGGCAUACGGACUUGAACUCGUGGACUCGCGCGACUCCAAAACGCCAUCCUGUGGUGGCAAAACGAAAAAUAAACGAAAUGAUAAUGCCGGUGAAACACACGUGACGCGUAUACAUGCAUACGUGCACACACAAACACGUCAUCGCCGACGGGUGGCGACCUGACACAACGCGCGCGCACCUCUUCUCCGCUUUAUCACGUACUUCGGUUCGAUUCGUUGAUUGAUUUCUUCCUCUAUUUUUUUUUUUCUACCGUCCCCCAUUUCGCCUCCACUUCACGGGCUUCAUCGUUCCUGUGCCAUGCAUAUAUCUACAUAUAAUCACCCGAUUCCGACGUAUAUACAUAUAUUAUGUAUCGAUCAUAAUGAAUAUUCUUGAAACGCGCUGGCUUUGGUAUGUGUGCACCGCCGUCGUCGCAUUAUUCCGACGCCUUCCCUAUCAUCAUCAUCAUCAUCAUCAACAUCAUCAUCAUCAUCACCCGUGGACAAAAAAUCGAAACGGGGAAAUAAAACUGACAUAUCCGUGCGGCACACCCAUGGUACAUGCGUCGUCGUUCGCCGAAUCAAAAAUGUAUAAUAAUGCGUGCGAACAUGCGUGCGUCCCCCUCUACGUGGCAACCAAUGUACCGAAAUUUUUCCCCUCUCUCCUUCUCUCUUUCUCUAUCUAUUCAUCUAUAUACCUAUCUCUCCCCCUCUAUCUCUGUCACUCUGUCUCUGUCUCUCCGUUCGUACGACCGUGCGCGUAAACGAACCCGCGGGGGAAAAAAAUAAAUAAAAUACGAAACGAAACACGCGCGGACGCGACGUCAAGCCGACGAUUUACACUUUCGUUUUCCGUAAUUUACGCUUUCAUUUUUUUCCGCGCUCUUUCACGCGCGCGCGUUCGCCACUCCGCGUCCCGGCAUGUUCCCGCGCGCGCAUUAAUCGGAACGACGAACGAUUGCGACUGCAAUUUAACCAACGACUCAUCAUGUUCCUUUAUGGAGUGCUUGAUUCGAAAAAAAAAAAAACGAAAAAAAAAACGAUAACAAUAACAACGAUGAUAAAACGAAACGAACGAUGCGCAUUAAAAAUUAAAAAAAAAAAACCAAACGAUGUGUAAAACAAAUUCGAUUUCACACUGUCGUACAUGUACCUGGAUGCUCCGAGGGCACGCUCCACCGCGUGUCUCCUUUGAUCUGGUGCCUUCUCCACCGAAUUCAACCGACUGUGGUAAUGAACGACCACCAAAAAAAAAAAAUACUACCGAUACUUGAAAAAAAAACCGUACGAACACUGCCUCGUUUGCUGCAUGUGGAUCGCCUUAGCAGCCUUAGCCACUGUCGGGGCCCAAGUGGUCCCCCAAAACGCUCACUGUGUCGUCUACACAGACAGCUGCGGACAGUUACUGGACACCCUCCCGGUGUGCCAAGAUUUUAAUCGACAAGUGUGCAACCGUCCCGCCUGCAAGUUUAUCCAUCUCAGUGACGGAAACGUGGAGGUGAUCGAGAACCGCGUAACGGUGUGCAGGGACGCAGUAAAGGGCGCGUGUAUGCGGCCCCAGUGUAAAUAUUACCACAUACCGGUCGCGUUGCCGCCGGCGCCUCUGAUGGCGAUCGCGUCGUCUGCGACGCCUUAGGGUCGAUUCCGCCAGCGAUUAACGCGCCGGCACCGCGCGGGGAGGCCGAGGAAGAAGGAUUCGAUAAAAGCUUGCGCGAACACGUAUUCCCGCGCACGUCAGCUACGACGGCGAACAAAGCGAGAGCGGCGAGGAGGAAGAGGAGGAAGCCGGGCAAGAUGAGGAAGAAGAGGAAGAAGAGAAGGAGGAGGAGGAGGAAGUGAAGGAAGAGGCGGCGCCGAGGGGACGAACGUCGUCCUCGCCGUCGUCGAUUCGAUCUAAUCACAACAGCACGUCGAUGUUCCUUCGCGACACUCGUGAUGCACACGAAUGUGCGAACGCACGUUCAGGCGAGAAACAACGUGUGGUGGGAGGGUAGGAAGGAAGGCAGGCAGGUGGAGAGAUAGAGUUCCUGUCGCGCGGCCUCGGGAAAGGAAGGAAACGCGUCUUUCUUUCGUUUCAUCGGCGGGAGAAACGGAGACCGCGAUCGUGGAGAUAAAUAUCGACGGGGCGGGGGAGAUCGUCGCGUCGGCGCGCAAAGGGGGCAGUAAUUGUCGAGAGAGUCGUCGCGAGGUACUCGUUGGGAUCACACACAAAGCGAGCUAGCGAGCGAAGUCUUCCUUAAGAAGUUACCCUUUCGUUCUUUCGAUCCGCAUUUGGCUUCCCGCGACGAGACUCGUCGCGAACGGGCGAAUCGCUCGAGACGACGCUCGCCGAGCUCCAGGAUAAACUGGCAAGCCGCUCGGCCGUCUCUUAACUUCCACGGAUUCCCUUCUCCCUCUCGUUGACCCGCUCAUGAGGCGCGAAGGGAUGUCGUACCGGCGAGGAAGGACGACGAAGGAUUUUCAUCCCCGUGAGCGGACGCGUCGUCGUCGGGACGAUCGUUUCUUCUCGCGAUCGAGCGGGCCGGCGAACGGUGAUUCAGCGUCGACUUCCCCGUCGGCGCGCCGAUGCCAUCGUUUCCCGAUCUCUUCAAGGCGGCUUCCUCGAGAGCGGCGGAGUGCAGAGCUGAAGAGAUCCUUCAUUCUCGCGCGAUCCUGGACCUCCUGUUUAUGUUAUCUCGAUGUCACACGGAUGCCAACCAACUUCGCUUCACGGUCGGAAAGCGGGAGGAACGGAGCGUCGCGUGCGUGUAGUUGUAGAACAGCGCGGCUCUUCGUCAUCGUCUCCGCAUCGGAAUGAAGUGUUCAUUCCGUUUCGAAUGAUUCGAUCGGUGAGAUAUUCGCGAGAAACUUCAUAUCUCGACUCGCCUGUCGCUCGAGGAGGCUGCGUUUUGUUUUCGCGUUCGCGAUUUUCUUCCUUUUCCCGAUUGGCCGUAUGGCACGUCCUCGCUCGCCGUGACACGCGGUGCACGUUCGCGCAAUGCAAGGCACGCUUGCGAGAGAAUCCGUUGAUAGCAAGGAAGGAAGCAAGAAAGAAAGAGAGAAAAAGAGUUUGAAAUAUUGUUCCAUAAGGACGUAUAAAUAUUAUACAUAAUACAUAUAUAUAUUCAUGCCAGAUUCUGUCAUGAGAAAAGUUGUAAUUGUACCGUAUAAGUAGACUAGCUAGGGGCCGCGAAUCAACGCGAGCGUACGAAUGACUGAUGGACGCUGAUCUUGCAGGAGAAAGAGAAACGUAAAAUAUACAAAAGCGUAAACGACGAUAAAUAUCACCGAGACGAGAUGAGAGAAAUAAAAUUUACACGAGA